CUUCACCUCUCUCCUUCUCUCUCUCUCUCUCUCUGUAUCUGUAUCUGAAGAUUUGGCUUACAGCAUUAAAACCAGCAGAAAAAGAUGUUGCUGGGGAAGAGGCCACGUGCACCAAUUAUGAAGAGGACUACAAGCAUGACGGAGAUAACCUUGGAUUUAAACACUUCCACAACUGACUCACGCCCUUCUGAUCCACACAAUCUCUUUGACGCCCGUCAAAAACCGGCCGUCACUGGUGCUCUUAGUGGCCAACACAGCCAUGGUGCUGGACAUAAUUGGUUAGAUCAACGUUUCUCGCCCAGGACUAACCGGAGACACUCGGCUGAUUUCCUGGAGACUCCUAACUUCUUGAGAGCUUGCUCUCUCUGCAAACGCCGCUUGGUUCCCGGCCGCGAUAUUUACAUGUAUAGGGGUGACAGUGCGUUUUGUAGCCUAGAAUGCAGGCAACAACAGAUGAACCAGGACGAGAGAAAAGAGAAGUGCGGAUUAGCAUCGAAGAAAGAAGGCGGCGGAUCUUCAGGCACAGGGGCCGCAGCCAACGGGGAGACUGUUGCCGCCGUGUAGAGAUAAGUUAGCCAUAAAUGAAGAUUUAUGACUGUGAGUGUAAAACAUUCUCUAAUUAUCCGGUGUAUGCAAAAUGAGCAAGUUUUGUUGAAGCUUGUUAUAUAUAAUAUUUUCAUUAUACUUUGGCCAUCCA